CGUCACAAUGGCGCCAUCUGUGAGACCGCGCGCCCGCGACUCCAGCUGAGAGUUGGAGCGUCAGUCUGGAGACUGAGCGUGGCGCGCGAGCUCGGGCACAGGAAGUCUCUUCAGCCCAAACUUUGACGAGAGAUGUUCUGAUGGCCGAGGGCUGCUGAAGAAAGUGAAGAGAGGUAAAGAGUGAGCGUCGCCCGCGAGAAACGUCAUCAGAGCGCACCAGAAGCGGCCCGAGGAUGAAGAGUGUGGUCUACCAAGCCUUUUCUCAGAAAGAGGCCAAGGAGUUCGAUGUUGAGCUUCCGGGAGCCCAGCAGGCUGAGGCCUUCGUGAGGGCCUUCCUGAAGCGCAGCACGCCCCGCAUGAGCCAGCAAGCCCGCGAGCACCAGCUGCAGCGCAAGGCUGUGGUCCUGGAGUACUCCACUCGCCGGAAGCAAAAAGAGAAGAAAAAAAAAUCCAAAGGCCUCUCUGCCAGGCAGAGGAGGGAGCUGCGCCUCUUUGACAUUAAGCCGGAGCAGCAGAGAUACAGUCUUUUUCUCCCUCUGCAUGAACUCUGGAAACAGUACAUCCGCGACCUGUGCGGGGGUCUCAAGCCAGACACGCAGCCACAGAUGAUUCAGGCCAAGCUGUUAAAGGCAGAUCUGCACGGGGCUCUUGUUUCAGUCACGAAAUCCAAAUGCCCCUCCUAUGUGGGUGUUACAGGAAUCCUUCUACAGGAAACAAAGCACGUCUUCAAAGUCCUCACAAAAGAAGACCGCCUGAAAGUUAUCCCCAAGCUAAACUGUGUGUUCACAGUGGAAAUUGAUGGCUUCAUUUCCUACAUUUAUGGAAGCAAAUUCCAGCUUCGGUCAAGUGAGCGAUCCGCCAAGAAGUUCAAGGCCAAGGGAACCGUUGACCUGUGAGCUGUUUGCUGCGGAAGGGACUGUUUUCACCCCAAGCACCGGGAACACCUGAGUGCCCACCUGUCAGUGAACAGAUGGCCGGGUCGGUUCUGGUUCUAGACACCCCCCCCAGCCUGUUAACACCAAAGUUAAGAACAGUUCAUCAUCCGGGAAGAAACACACUGUACUGAGCAAAGAAGGCCGGGAACGGAGGGCUGUAUGUUUCUAGAUGACGACGGGCGUGUUCUGCUCCGUGAGAGGAAACCCUGGCAGGAUCCGCACAGGUUGCCCUGACUGGUGCCAUUGUGAGGUUUUUACUUCUUUUUUAUCCUUUUCUGUGUCUGCUGAAUGUUCUGUGAUGAAUCCCUGGCUUAUAUAAUAAUAAAACACAAGUGUCAGCAUAAAA